AAUACCAAUAAAUCCAAAAACAGCACUUAACAUAGGCGCUAAAAGGCUUUUGCUUUUUACCAAUUCGACGCAAUAUUUGAUCUCAAGUAUGUCAAACUACAGGCAAUAGGAGGGGAGAAUUCUGAGGAGAUAAAGACGGCAAGAUCCCUCCUUGACAAAAGAGCGCACUGCGGAGACAAUGUUAUCGGCAAGGGGCGCGUGACUCUGCAGAUUGGGCACACAUAUGUUUUCCUAAUCCAACUUUAAUUCCGUAUGUGAUUCUCCAAUACGAUAAAGGCCGCCAUUUAAUAUAAUCAACAAAACCUGCAUUUAAAUCUUUGAAAACCGCUCGGGUACGACAAACCCAGUGGAAGUACCUCGGACUAAACAAUGCUGCGAGUGUGCACCCCAGCCACUGUACACAGCCAGUGUCAAGGACGCAUGCGCAGUCCUCUGCGAUCGAAUGUAGCUAAUGAACUUCGGCAACACAUCAUCGAGUUAGUGCAUGAACAGAAAGAGGAAAACCUCGAUAUGAAUGUGGAAGAAUCGGCAAUAAUAUAUCAAAUCAAAAAGAAAGGGGGUAUCGCUCCAAUUGAGCCAAUGAAAAGCAAGGAGGACAAACAAAAUGAGAAAGUAAAAAAAAUUCACUUGAAAAUGUUGAAAGAGACUCGAGGCAGAGGAGCACAUCGUUUUCCCGCGCUGGACUUUGGUGAUCUUUCUCAGAGGGAGGAUCAGCGGACGGCUAGUGCUAAAACCGUGAGAUUCAGGGUCGAAGAUAACAAUGGCCACGAGCCAGGAACGCAAAACCCCGGAUACGAAGUUCGCGGCAGUGCCAUAAAAUCUUCCUCCGGAUUUCAUAAAUCUGUUCCAUUAAUAUUACGCAGAACCGAGGCAGCACAGAGACAAGCUCAGAUUCACACUUCAUUGCAGGUGUUCAAACGGCGCUUAAAGUUUAACAACAACCCGAAUAGUUACUUGGCUCCGAACAGUACUGUUCGUGAGUCGGAUUAUAUCAUUCGUAGAGUUCCUCUUCAGCUUGAUGUACAGAAUAAAUCGAGUGGUAAUCACAGUGUCCCCCUGGCGCCGAGAAUAUCAGUGUCGUCAAAGUUACACGCCCGUCCUAGAACCCCUACCUCUGCCAGACAGAGAUCGAACUCUCCUCGUCGUCCAUCUUCCUCCAAUACUCGGCCUCAAAGUGGAGGUCUGAAAUCACCCGGUUCCACCGAAGAGAAAAAGGUCAAGUUUUCUUACAGACUUCCGGAUAACAUCGGAAAGGAACUGUUUCGGGAAGAUCCCGAAAUCAUUCCCAGUGUUAACACGUACGUUGUCGAACAAACUCAGGCUAAAUUCGGUGGAAAGUACGAAACGCAAGCAAUGUUGAAUGAGCAUAACUUGGGAGUCCAUGACGCGCUCUAUUCCGGUGACGAAAAGAAAAUUAGAAUUCACGAAGAAACGAAAGUUGACACUAGGCUUAUUCGUUGGGUCGAAGAAUCUACAAAUAUUAAUUUCACAAGACGAAUCAACCGAAUUCGAUCAGCGUCGACCGAACGCUUUUAUCGAUCUGAGUCGACGGAACGUUUAAGAACAGGGUCUGCCGACUCGAGACAUAGUAGAAAAUUCCUGGAAGAUCCCACUAUUAAUUGUUCAAAAACGCUUGUCAACGAUGCAAAAGUGAAAACCGAAGAAGACUAACGUUAAAAGAUAAUUGAUAUGAUAUGGUGCUUUAUCUAUGAUAUUCAUUUUAAUAUCAAAAGAAAUAAUGACUGCAUUUGGGCAAAAAAUCAUACUACCAAUGGUAAUUGUUGUACAUCAGAAUUAUAUACGGGUACCUGGGGUAUAUAUACGGCUUACCAGUGAAAAGUAUAAAAAUCUGUUUACUCAUUGAAAUCUAAAAAUAUUUUUAGAUCUUAAGAAACCUUUAAACAUGUUGACGUAUUUUUAAUAAUAUUUAUAAGGAUGGAAAAUGAACACAACUUUUUAUACUAUUAUUCAUUGUAGGUAGGUACAUAAUUGUUUGAAAACAAGUAAAAAUGGUUUUCUUGAAUAUGGAUUUAUUGUUAAUUUGAAUGUCAUUCUAACUCGCAUAAUCAAUUCACUUUGGUAAGUGAAAAUAUUACAAAAAAUAAAA